CCCGCGCUGCCCCCGGAAGCGGCGCUGAGGAGGAUGCUGACGCUGGCCUGAAGAUGGCGGCCCGCGGCGGCGGGGCCGCGCCGGGCUGGGCCGCGUUGGGGCUGCGGCUGGGGCUGGCGCUGCUCUGCGCGGGCCCGGCGGCUGCCCGCGUCCAUCACCUCACCCUCAGGGAUGAUGUGAGGCAGAAAGUGCACCUGAAUACCUUUGGCUUCUUCAAGGAUGGUUUCAUGAAAGUCAAUGUCAGCAACCUUUCGUUGAAGCCACCCAUGAGUGCUGCUAAGGGCACAGAAGUGGGGUUCAGUUUGGAUCGAACAAGGAACGAUGGCUUCUCCACUUACCUGGAUGAAGAAUUGGAUUACUGUAUUCUGAGAAAGAAACCAGAGCAAGAUGUGUCUAUUGUAAUCUUACUUCUGGACUUCACAAAUGAAGUUGUGAAAGUACGGUUCUCUGCAGAAGCUUCUUCUCUGUUACCUAAAAUUUCAUUCGUGUCUGAGGAAAAUGCUACUGCCACGAUUACCAAGCCAACAAAAACGUCAGAACAAAAUGCUGAUUCUGGUACAAGUCUGGAGGAGACUGAACAAAAUACAGAUGGCAAAGAUAAGAAGUCCCAACGAAGUACAACAACCUCUCAGAGCAUAAUAGAACAACAGCAUCAUGUUCGCAACGAUGGAGGAACUUUCUCAUUUCAGUUUUUUUUUAACAUCAGCUCUGAUAACCAAGAAGGUCUCUACAGCCUGUAUUUCCACAAAUGCGUUGGCGAAAAGGGGCAGCCUAAUAAUGAUAAGCAGCUAUUUAGUCUUGAUAUAGAAAUUACGGAAAAGAAUCCUGAAAGCUACCUCUCAGCGGGUGAGAUUCCACUGCCAAAACUUUACAUUUCCAUGGCACUCUUCUUUUUCCUGUCUGGGACUGUGUGGAUCCACAUACUUCGUAAACGCAGAAAUGAUGUCUUUAAGAUUCACUGGCUAAUGGCAGCCCUCCCUUUCACAAAAUCUCUGUCCUUGGUCUUCCAUGCGAUCGACUAUCACUACAUUUCUUCUCAGGGUUUUCCUAUUGAAGGCUGGGCUGUUGUCUAUUACAUCACUCACCUACUGAAAGGUGCUCUUCUGUUCAUCACUAUUGCCCUCAUUGGAACCGGCUGGGCUUUCAUUAAACACAUCCUUUCAGAUAAAGACAAAAAAAUAUUCAUGAUUGUCAUCCCGCUUCAGGUGCUGGCAAACGUGGCAUACAUUAUCAUAGAGUCGACAGAAGAGGGAACAACUGAAUAUGGGCUGUGGAAAGAAAUCCUUUUCCUGGUAGACCUGCUGUGUUGUGGUGCCAUCCUAUUUCCAGUGGUAUGGUCAAUAAGACAUUUACAGGAGGCUUCAGCAACAGAUGGGAAAGACUCAGGUGUUCAGAAGCAAUCUAGAAAAGAAUUCUGGAAGUGGGGGUCCGUUUUGACUAAUGCUGCCAUUAACCUAGCAAAGCUGAAGCUCUUCAGACAUUACUAUGUUAUGAUUGUGUGUUACAUUUACUUCACACGGAUCAUUGCAAUUCUCAUAAAGAUUGCUGUUCCAUUCCAGUGGAAGUGGCUUUACCAGCUGCUGGAUGAAAUGGCCACACUUGUGUUCUUUGUCCUCACUGGGUACAAGUUCCGUCCAGCAUCAGACAACCCAUAUCUACAGCUUUCUCAAGAUGACGAGGAUGAUUUGCAGAUGGAAGCUGUGGUGACGACUUCUGGAGUGAUGGAGGGCAUGAAGAAGGUCAAGAAAGUGGUAAAUGGUUCAGCAGAGCCACGGGGCGACUGGGAAAACAUGGCAUGAUGGACUGGACUAAGGCAGCACUUUUGCAGAAACUUUUUUAAUUUAUUAAUAUUACUCAGUGGAAAGGGAGCAACUAGCACUUCCCAACACUGAAACUGCAGAGUGGGGUGUGUCUAGGGGGAGCAAAGCAGUGCAGAAAUCUAACUAUUCCUCUGAUCAUAAGAAAAUGGGAUCUCUUGGUACCUGCAAGGAGUGUGAAGCUUUCCUUGGGAUUUUGGGUAGCUUAUUCUUUUUUCCCCUUUCUGGAUCAGUUAGGUAUUCUGAAUUGUUUGCGGUUGCGUUCUUCAGAAUGUGUAAUUUUAACGUGAAGAGAGACCUUUAGUGUGUAUGUAAAGUAUAUAUUUUAUAUAAUGUGCAUAUAUAUAUAUAUACACACGCUAUGUAAUGUAUGCUGGGAAAUGCAAAGUAUCACAGAAGGUGGGGAAAAGAAGAAAAGAGGUGUAAGUAUUUUUUUUUUUUUUUAACUCUUCUUUUGGCUUGGACAAAAUAUAGCGAAACAAAUGAGUAGAAAUAACUGCAGUUAUUUGACAGACUAAAUGGGGUAUUGGAUCUGAUGAAUUCCACCAGUACUCACAUCAGUGGGAACACUGAGAAAUGUUUUCUCUUAUUCCGGCAGGCUUCCAUUUGAACACAUCAGGUUUUCAGAUGUAUUGGUGUAUAGGAAGCAAGCAACUGGUUUCAUUAAAAACACCAGCCUGUAGCACAACAAGCAUUAAUGUAAAUUCUCCACUGUCAAUUGGGUUGCUCUUGAUUCGUGCCCACCUGACAAGUACACAAGAGGUGUAGGACUGGGGCUUACUUUUUAGGGGUCUGCCAUGCAGUCUUAAAUGUUGAAUUUUAAGCUGUGAUCAAAAGUACUUUGAUCUGCAUUCUAAAAUAUUUUCAAGGUAUUUCAAAAGAGACUCCUUCCUGGCACCGUGUAACCAGUACCAGGAUCUGUCCAGCAAAUGUACUGCAGCAUGAAUCUCUGGCUCACCAUUAUCCUGAGCUGCUUUGCCUCUCCAGAUGGCGACUGGUACCUCUCUGGCUAUGUAGUGAUAGAACUAUUUAAGGUGAGCUGAACUGGUCAAAACGGUAUUGCUGUGAAAACCAGGCAAGUGCAACUCCCAGUCAUGAAUUUGUUUUUCCUGAGGAAAGGAGAGGGUUAUGGCCAGAACGUUCAAUGCCUGGGAGUACAGAAGUCUUAUCUAUCAGCUGCAAAUCUGCAGUGGAGUCUAAACUUAGAGACACGUUACAAAUGCAGUGUGUUAUCUCUAGUGCUCUGGGUAUCGUUAGAAAGGCGAGUCAGUGCCUGUAGCUGUAGUAGUAGGGCAUAGUGAUGGAUUGUUAAUUUGUGGGAGGACAGAAGUGGUUCACGGAUGUAACGGGAAUAAGCUUUAAGAAAAAUAAAUCAAGUAUAACUCGCUGACCUAAUGAAGCCUUAAUCUUCAUGUGGAGGUAUUAGGCAUACAGGGACAGGGACAAGCAUCAUCACAGAGCUUCAGAUGUGCCAAGAUGUCUUACAAACACUUUUAGGAGAUUUUUUUUGACUAAGGGGACUGCAUCUCUAGGGCACAGCUGAUUAAAGGACUACAGCAAGAUUUUUUUAUUCCUUAAGUUUAGAAGUGGGUGAGGGAUUUUUUUUUUUUGUAUUGCAGGGUUGUUUUUUGUUUGAAAUGUUGAACCACUUUCUCAGUCUUGAACACAGAUUGUAGAGCUUUUAACAAGCGAGCACUCUGUACCAAGACUUGCCGUUUGAAGAGCAGCGUUGUUUUCUCCAGUUGCAGCUUCUUUUCCCUGGUAUUGAUUCUAUUCAUCAUCGAAGUGGUAGAAAUGAAUCUACCUGCUUUGAUACCUGGAACGGGCUUUUCUUCAGAUAAAGCAAAAGAAUAACCCUCUUAUCUUGGUGCAGAGUCCUCUUCUAUAUUUUUCUCCUCAGCUGUAACUGCACAGUAAUUGCAGCAGUGCUGGUUUGACUUUUGCUGUCGCUGUCUUGCGAAGAUAAAGUUUUAGUGAAAACAGAGGCUAUGCCGCUAGAAAGGCUCGUACAUCAUGUAACACCCUUUUAGACCUUCAGUAGGAGAAAUUCUUUUGCAUAUUAAGUAGCUGAGGUGUGAGAAAUUAAAACGAUAAACAAACACAGGCAGCCCCAGCACAUCAUACAGUUAAAUACGAUAGCUGAAAAAGCGAUCCUCUCCUCUGCACAGUUAUUCUGUCCCUGGGGAAGUGUCACUGUUUGCUCCCAAAGGGCUACUCAAACAGGCUGUAAAUUUCGCCCGGAGUAGUCCAGGAGACCUGAAGUCUGUCAGCACUGAGGUAUGUGAGGAUUUGCUGUCAGGAACAGAAGUGCAAUAACACAUUGUUAAUCCAGACACAAUGCUGUCUUAGAACCUCCUAAUGCCUUUUGUGGAUGGACUGGGGAAUUCUGAUGGGUGUGAUUCACUCCAAAACACCGGCGGCUGUGUUGGGGUCCCAGCAUGGGCCAAGCUGGUUCCAAACAGCUGUCGGUUCCGUACCUCAGCAUCAGUGAAGCCGCUGAUAGGACAAAUGCUUUUACCUUAGUCUCAGGUUUCUUUAUGUGCACUUUUCUGCUAACGUUGCAUAAAGCGUAGAUGUGUCUGCCAAGACCCUGCCUUCCUAGUCAGAGGCCAAGAAAUGGGUGACUUUGUCUUGGCGUGAAAAGCUAUGGCAGGACUCUGCGAGUGUUCUCAGAAGAGCUGUUUCAGAAGUUCACUUUCUGAGCCUCAGCAACCAGCUACACAACCAACUUCAGCUGGCACUUCAUGCAGGGCGCUAGCCAGCAGUACCACACUGACUUGUCAGACCUAUGCAUUAAUAAAGAAAUGUGGAUAUACAAGUAAAAAAAAAAAAGUAUAUUUUCCUACUGCAGCCGUGUCCAAAGUGAAUUUCCACUUUAUAGCGUAGAAGUCCUCAGAGCAGGUAGAAAAAUUUCCCUUGUGAGGUUGCGUGUUGGAUUGGACGGCAGCUGGGAUGUUGAAGGAUGGGGAGGGUGGCUGCAGCUGAGCUUCGUGCACAGUGUGUGCUGUGCCACAAAGCAUCGACGGGAGGACUGCUCCUUUCCCCUUCCUCCCGAGGCAAACCCAGACCUGCACGAGUGGCAAGAGCAUGACUCCUGCUAGUGAAGAGCAGCAGCUCGCCAGGCGGGAUAAUCGCAGUGGUUGCCUUUGCCAUGCUGCCUGCUGUCGCGCUGGUAGGAAGACACAGCCUUUCCCUUUAUUUCACAGGGAGGGAAAGUGGAAGAGCUGCUUGUGGCUGUGCAGAUCGUUCUGGGAUGCAGCCUUACUUUCUUGUCUGCCUCCUACGGAAGCGAGCAGCCAAAACAAUCACUGGGUAUACGGCAGGGUAGCUGAGAGGAGCCCUGGGAAGGGAGGUCUGGCGCAGCACUGAGUAAAUGGCAGCGAAUGCAUUCACAUAUGUUGCUGCUGUGGAGUGCUCGGCACCCUCUGCAGAGAAAAAAGAUUGGCUCAUUCUCCAAUUGUAAUGCAGCUUAUGCCCCAAUAAAUCCCUAUUGACGAUGGCACACAAACGCCACUGCUGGACUCCUCCUUACUGCUGUGACUGUUCAGCAAGCUGUCUUCCAUAGGAAACCUUGCAGUGCAGCUGCCAGCCUCUUGCAUUCUUCAGACUUGAAAAUAUUUUCCUUGAUGGUUCAUCAAGAGACACGUUAAAAGAUAGGAAGACAUAAUGGGGUCAUCUGGAACGUUGCUGCUGCUUCCUGAAAACGUAGCAGUUCUAGCUGAAGAAGCCACAUGCUGUCCUAUUAAGAUGCUCUUUAAUGUUGUCAUCUAACUCAGCAUGUCGUGAUCUGCGCAGUGCAUUGUUCGCUGUUUCUCUCCAUCUGACUGCCCUGUCCCUGGAUUUCCAUGCUGGCAUACCCUGGGAGCAUGUUGUAAAAAUUUGCUGCAUUGCAGUAUUUUGUCUUCGAGCUAGUAAGGUAGGAGAUGUAUUUUCCUAAACUAGGUGGACUCUGUAGCGUGAGUGUGCAUCCACCAAAUGUUAAGUGCUGUAACGUUCCUGCUGGCCACGAAAAGGGCACAUCCUAACCACUCCAGUGUGCACACUUGGUGAAAGUCCAGCAGAAGGCUUUUAAUGUGUUAACUCUUCUUUUUCCUUACGGUACUCUUCUCGUGAAGAGGAGAAAUGCAGGCUGAACAGUGGUGAUCAAAUGGACAAAGUGUGUGUCUAUUUGAAAAUUGCCUGGCUGCAUUAGAAGCAAAUACUGGGUAUUUGUAGGGUUCUGUUGAGCUCUAUGAGAACUGAAGUUGCUUAGCUCUUACAAAAUCAGGUAAAAGCGCAGGUAUUGAAGGAAACACUUGCUCCUUCAGUCUGCCUCCUUUGUCUCCUUCAGUUUGACCUGUAACAAUAGCUAACAGACUCCUGUUACUUUAAAGCAAAUGUAUUGAUUCUGCGUUGUGACCUCCAUCUCAAUCAUACGUUGUUUCCCCGUUCUUCACUUCUGUAAAAAGCAUGGAGACGCGGUCUGCAGUAGGUGGAAGGCACAGUGGUUUGUGAAACGUAACUGGACUUCUGCUGCCAAAAACCUGUGACCUUGUGUGUAACUUCAGCAACCCAAAUGUUGCACGAAAGCCGAGGCGGUGCUCCCCAGAGGCACUUGACCACUGUUCCCGUGCUCCCUGGGGCUGAUUGCUAAAUCAGUUUAAUCUGGCUUCCCUUGUAGCCGCUGGGUGUGAUGCUGUUAGGCUUAUUAAUCAUUUAGUAAUAUAGAAAGCUGUGCUUUUUUUUUUUUCCCCUCCCCCGUGUAGUUUGCUUGGAAAUAGCAAUGAUCCUGUAAGAACUCUGCAUGGUAUGUACUUGCAAGUGGCUGGAACAGGAUUUCAGAAAAAUACUGAGAUGCUACACUUGUUGGAAGUGAUGGUACAAGAAGAAAGUGGCCGAGGAAAAGAGUCACUCCUUGUAGGUUGACUGGUUGAAGAACCCAUUUAUGUUUUGACUGCAGCAAUCCUGUAGAAAGGACAAUUCUUAAUAAAUAUUUUCCUGUGGGAUUUCGCUUGGUGUUCUGCUUUCUGUGUAAUAAAGGAGAGCCUGACCCCCACGCUGUCCGAAGCACCUCCUCUUGUAGCUAGGAUACUGGCGUGUUGGGCUGGUACCUGCUCCAUCAAAACAGAGGAUGGGCCUAAAUGGCCUCCCUUUCCCUUCAGUACCUAUUAAUAAUUAAUUCCAGAUCCUCUUGUAUCAUUAAGCAGCUUUAGGGCACCUUGUACAACGUAGCUCUGAAUUCAUUUAGUAAAUGAUCUCCAAAAGAGCUCAAAGACUCUCCUGUACAGCAAGGUCCUCUUUCAGGGGUUUUGGUGACCAGUAACUAUCCUGUUCUUCAGUUCAUGUUUGGAUGUGUAAGUAACUUUUUUUUUUCAGUAUUUUUUUAAGCUUUAUUAAAAGAACAGCAAACAGUAUUUGGAGAGAAGCAAGACAGAUACAAAUCAGGAUGGUCUGUGCAACUUGGCUUCCCUGCUGUGAUUCAAAUGUAUAAAAUAAAGAUUGAAUGACUAGAAA